AAUAUCUAUUCGGAAUCGGUGGUUUACUAUGAAGCUGGGGAACUUACCAAGAUAAGCUGAAUGAAAAAACAGCAAUAACGUAAACGGAAUGAAAUAUGCAUUCAAACAUACAAAAAAAAUAUAGUACGAAGUUCAUUGAUUUGUUCGAUGUGAUUGGUGCACAAAUUAAAUGACUAUACAUUAUUCAAUUUAAAGAAAAAGUGAUUAAACGCAUUGACGUAUGCGUGUAAAUAGCACAAACUAUACACAAAACAGUGAUGAUAAGAAAAUACUUUAAUAAAAUGGAUGCAAUCAGCAUCGGUUUAAUCGUUGCCAUAAUAUUUACUGGCUGUUUGGGUGAACGAGCAAAUCCACUGAAAGACCCAAAUAUUUGCGGUCGACCGCAAUGUGAAUUGGAGAAUACAAAAUUUAAUUACUCGCAAAAUAUUCGUUAUAUCUACGACUAUAAUUCACAUGUCCGAUCGGAGUUUGAUGGCAGUGGUCAAAAUACGUCGAAUAUUUAUGUUUCGGCAACGGUUGAAUUGACAUUCCCAAAGAAAUGCGAGGGAACUCUGAAAGUCAUUGACGUGAAAUUAAGAGAGCGUCCAAUUGAAGAAGAGGCAAAUGGUAUAGAUGAUGAUUCAAUAAAAUUGGAUAACUUACAUACCAAAUCAUAUGCAUUUUCGGCUGACAUACAAAAAAAUGAUUUGAGAUUCUCAUUCCAUGACGGCAUCAUCGACGAAUUAUGCCCCGAAAUGGACGAACCAAAUUGGGUCAUAAAUUUCAAGCGAGGCAUCUUAUCGUCAUUCCAAAAUUCAAUGAAACGAUUCGACAUCGACUACAAAACAUUGGAAACGGAUAUAUCUGGACAUUGUAAUGUGCAGUACAUGGUCGAUGGUCCAUCGAACACCAGCCUUUUAAUACAAAAGCGUAAAGAUAUCACAUCGUGUAUUAAUCGUUACAAAACGAAUUCAAUUCUACAAACGACACCGUACGACUUUCGAAAACAGUAUUCUGUAUGGCCAGUACUGCAAUCGACAAGUUAUUGCAAUAUAACUCUCGACCAUAAUUUAUACCAAGCUGUAAGUUGCUAUGAACGUCAUCAGUUUGUGCCAUUUUCAAAUAGUGGCAGUGGUGCAGUAACUACAUCCACCAUUAGUUUAGUACUGUCAGAGGAAUUACAGUACAGAGUUGAAGAGUCCACCACCGAUAAGGAAAAUGCCAUUAAGAAACGCGAAAAACUUUUAUUUAAUCACUAUCCAACACCAAAGCAUACAACCGGUGAAAUUAAAAAGGCACGCCAACUACUGCAACAAAUGUGCAAGUUUGGUUUCCCUGAUAUAAAACGACAAUUCAUUGAUGUAUACUCGAAGUUCUUGCAAAAUGCACGGCUACUUUCAACCGCGGCACUUCAUCAGCUUUUUUCGCGUGCCGAGAGCAUUUGCAAUAAUAAUGAUAACGGAAAAAAUCAUAUUCUCGAGAGUUUGCCGUACAUUGGGAGUACAGCGUCCGUUGAGAUGAUGGCACAAGAAAUAAUUAAAAAGUCCAUUAGCAACGAUGUUGUUCAAAAAUGGUUGACAUCAAUUUCAUUCCUUCCCAGGCCAGACGAACAAAUGUUAAAAGCUCUUUUUACCGUUUUGGAACAAGAAAUAAACAAUACGGAAGCAAUAUACAUACUUUCAACAACUGCUGUUGUCCAUACAUACUGUCGCAACCAUCAUGAUUGUGAUGAAAAAGCUGAAGUAAAGAAAUACAUUGAUUUCUUGGAAACACAAUUACGUGAAGAAAUGAAAAAGAAUCUGUUGGUGCGAGCAAAUCGAGAAAAGGCGAUAAUUUUACUGCGUGGUAUUGGAAACAUCGGUUACAUGUCAAAAUCGUUCCGAUACCAAAUGCGCGAAUACAUUGAAAGCAACGAAAUUCCAACCGAAAUUCGAUUAAAUGUGGUGGCAGCACAUCGACGCACUGACUGCGAAAAGAAUCGUGAUUACUUUUUGGAUACAUUCCAACGAACUACAAUGAAUUCUGAAAUUAGAAUUGCUGCAUACUUGGAAACUAUGAGAUGUCCAGACUAUUUAACUGUUAAACAAAUCAAAGACAUUCUUCAAAACGAAGAAGUAAAUCAAGUCGGUUCAUUUGUGUGGUCACAUUUAAAGAAUUUGGCCAAAUCAGCGUCACCCGUUCGUGUUGCUGCGCAAGGCCUUCUUCAAGAUGAUGAUUUGGGGAAAAAAUAUCGGCUCGACUUCCGAAAGUUUUCACAUAACUUUGAACAUAGUCUUUUCUUUGAUGAAUACAAUGUUGGAUUGAGCAGCGAAUCGAAUUUAAUUUUUGGCACCGAUUCGUAUAUGCCACGAUCUCUUACAUAUAAUUUUACCGUUGAUUUAUUUGGAGAAUCGAUUAAUAUUUUCGAAGUUUCGGCUUAUAUGCAAGGUUUUGAGCACAUGAUUGAAGGAAUUUUCGGACCAAAAGGUGCAUUAAGUACAAAGGGAUUCUCAGACAAUGUUGAAAUGGUUAAGGAAUAUAUCAAAGAGAAAAUUUCACCCUAUAAAGCCGAAUAUGUAGAUAAAAUGAAUUUAAGAUUUCGUCGAGACAGUGAAAAGCAGCAAAAAACACCAACAACAAAUGAAGAGGAAUACGAGUUGGAAAAUGUAGAUUCGGAUAAACCAAAAACUGAUUCUGCCACCCAUCUCCAAAAUGAUGUAAAAGAGCUCAACUAUGACAUCAAAUAUAACAUGAAUAGUCCUCGUGCUGCUUUUGGUUUGAAGAUGUUUGGAAAUGACAUAAAAUACAAAUCAUUGGAAGAUUUACGUGAAGUAUACAGUCUUUUCAACGAUUUAAAUCCAAUGAAUUACUUGAAGCAAUUGUUGUCGGGCAAAGAGGUUAUCUACACAAAAUCAGGCGUAUUUCUUGAUGUCUCAUACGAAGUGCCAUUAACAUCUGGUUUUCCGUUGGCUUUGCAUGCAUAUGGUGCAUCAUCGAUUGAUUUACGUGCAAUGGGAUCAUUGCAAGGCGAUAGAUUCUGGAACAAUCCGAACUUUUCAAUAAAUGGCAAACUAAAACCCAGUGUAUCGUUGGAUGUUAUCGGAACGAUGCAAUCCGAUUAUUUCUAUGGAAUAUCGGGUAUACGUGUUAAAUCAAAUUUAUACUCGAGUUCAUCGGUCGAAGCAAAACUUAAAGUUGAUGGUAAAAAUGAUGUGUCACUACAAUUUAAAUUGCCUCAAGAUCGAAAUGAUAUUAUCAGUGCUCGCAGUGAAUUGAUUGUAUUACAACAUGAACAUGAAAUCCGUCAAAUGGGAAUUGCAAAGCGGUAUGAGAACUCAACUUGUACCUAUCCGGUUGUGGAACGAGCGGUUGGUUUAAAAGUGUGCAGCGACUACAGUUUGCCUGAUGUCAGCAAAAGUGAACGAACGUUGCCGAGUUUGUUGUUGUGUGGCCCUAUAGACAUUGAAGUUCAUAUUGACAAAGCCGAUGUGAGUGCAAAAGUCUUUUCAAUUGAAUACAAAUGGAUUGAUGCACCCGGUGAUCGAUCGAGUGGAACAUUUACAUUUCAAACUCCAAACACAGAUAUAUUGCGCAUAUUUAGCGCGAAUAUAACAAAAGAACCGGACAAUUAUAGUCUAAAUAUGAAAUUUGAAAAUGGAAAUACAACACACUCAGCAACUGCAUCGUAUAAGAAUACCGCCGAUGAAAAAUUAGUUGAAGCCAACUUAUUAUUUGAUGGCAGAAAAAGUUUUGCACUCGAAAUGGGCAUGAAUCGAACAGUAAUCGUGCAUGGUUGGAUUUAUCAUCCGCGAUUUUUGUUGGCCAUAAAUAAUGACCAGAUUGCUCGUUUAUCGGGUACGGUGAAAAAAUUCGGAAAAAAUAAAAUUAUGCAAUACGAUCCGAAUUUGGAAUUUGUAACGAAACAGUUCAAAGCAAGCAUGACCGGUUACAUAACAACGACAGAGAGUAAAAUAUCCACAAGACUGUUAGUGAACUACAAAUUUAUGGAAAGCAAACAAGAAAUUAUCGAUUUUGAAAGUGAAGUCGAGGGUAUGCACGAUGGUUAUCGAACAUCACUUGUUGGCUCGGCCAAAUGGAAUACGACCGCAUAUCAAAAAUACAAUUUCAAAGCAAAUGUCAAUUACAAACGCGUUCUUGGUCAUAUUGAACUCGGAUUGAAUGUAAAUAAUGCAGUUGAUUUUAUCGAUCCACGAUAUGAUUUGGGCAUACGUUUAGCAUUGAUUAAAACCGAACCCGAUGACAAAGAGUUCAACUCACGUACAAAUUUCACAAUUGAAAUUACACGACCCAUAUCGAAAAUUAAUUAUAAGUUCAUGGUCAAAUACAAUACAAAAAUGAAACGGGGACCGUUACACAAUAUAAUGCUGCUGUUUCGAUAUGCCGAAGGAAAGGAAGCCACGAUAGUUCUAUCAGCAAUGCUACCGUCAAUCUAUACACGAAACAUUGAUUUUUAUUUGAACGUAUCAAUUCCUGGAUUUAAUUCGUGUACAGCUAAAUUUCAAGCAAUUGAACGAACCAAACGAUUGCAAUAUGACAUAAAUGUUCAAGGUACUUGGUUCACGGGUCACACUGUGUCCAUUUAUGGCACCUAUGAUGAUAAAAGUACAACACAAGAGUCAAGUCAUCAAUUGAAAUUGUUGGUAAAAAGUCCACAUUUUAAUGAAACAACAAUUUUGGGGCGAUACCAAUUAAACGAAACGAUAAUGCGAAUUGAAACAAACGUUGAUUAUGGCGAAAAUCCAUAUGCACUAGUAAUCGGUCACAAUCAUGUUAGCUUUUAUGAACAAAGUAUUUACGGUGAAUUGAAAAUCUUGGAGCGAAGCUACUGGGUUAGUGCUCGGCUGAGCGAUGAAAACUUUAGAAAACUUUCGAUUGAUUUACACAUUGACCGUGUUCGGGAGAUUCGCUUAAUCAUCGGCGGUCAAUCAACGCCAAAAAAGAAAGAAUUCGAAGUGAAAAUCAGCUGGGAUUCGAAUCGUGAUCCAACGCAAGAGCUAUUUUUAAAUGCUGAUUUCAACACUCCGAAAUACAAAACAUACGAUGGUGGAUUCACAAUUUCCUAUCCUGCUCGAACGUUUAGCGGUUCAUUUGAUUUGGCCAUUCCUGGUCCAACAUAUAGCGGAAAUGUGAGUCUCGGUUGGCAAUCAAAUGAAACCGUUCACUUGUCAUUCGAUUCAGGCGCAAUUUAUGAUCCCAUUCGUCAUUUUUGGAUAGAUGCACGUUUAAAGACUCCAUUUGUUGGUUGGCAAACCAAUCAGCUGAAUGCUCAACUAUAUCAAGCAAAGAAUCUUCUGUCGAGCAAUGCAACGAUACUUUGGGCUGAAAGUCAACAAUUUGUUUUGGGUGCAUUGACUGAUUUUGAGUUCGAUGAUCCGAAAAUUCGAUGCGAAGCCAAAUUACUUGUGAACAGUACGGUGAAACAGGUGCCAACAAUCAAUGCUGCAUUCAAACAUCAUCAGGAUAAACUCCAUUACAUAACAGACAUUUUAAUCCAUCAUGCUGCACAGGAGCAAAAACCAAAUAUCUUUGCAAUAAAAUCAAUAUGGCAAUUACAAUCGAAUGAUUUUUACAGUAAUAUUUCCGGAUCGAUGAUGAUGCAAACACCUCUAAAAGGUUAUUCCAAAGGCUCUUUGGCUACCAAAUUUACCUUGAGCUCAACCAAAGCACUGAAAGGUGCUGCCGAGUUUGAGUUGGAGGCAAAGAAAUUUACUUUGGCCGUUGAUGGAACGGUGAAAAAGGUGACAGAUUGUAUGUUGACUGUAAAUAUUACAACGCCCAUUGAAAAAUAUCGAAAUAUUAUUAGCCGUUUGGGAUUGAUUAAUCGAAAACGUCAUUUUGUUGCCGAAGUUCGAGCUCCGAACGGAGCACUUGGUAUCGAAGUUAAAUUCGCCGUGGAAUCAAUCAGCAACUUUGAUGUCAUCCUCAAUUUAGAAGCACCGAUUAUUCUAAGUUUGGAUGCAUCAAUUGAUAGUUUCAAGAAAAUAAUGCUAAUCGGAAAGUUGGGACCGGAUAUGGUCGAUUUUCGAGGUGGAUUAAAUAAAUUUGUGCUCGGUUAUGUGGGCGUUUCGCGAAAGACAUCACUCGAAGAUUUUGAAUAUUCAUGGAAAGUCUAUACACCACUUGAUCGAUUUGAAGAGAGCAGUUUGGUGGUGAAAUACAUUCGAAAAUCUGUAUUCGAUAUGGAAAUUAUGCUGAAAUUUGCACAAAAGAAAUUGGGAAUAAUUGUCAAUGGUAAACCAAAACAGAAAUUGAUCAAUUUGCCAAAGGUCGAACACUCUUUGCCAUUUAAAUCACGAUUGUCCGAUGAUUUUGAUAAAUUCUCACAGUACUUUGUACCGGAGGUUGAUUCAAGCGAAGACGACGACGAUGAUGCGGAAGAGGAUGACAGCGAUGAAGAUGAUGACUGGAAUUUAACGGGUCACAUGGAACUGAAUACAAUUAUGUGGCCAACAGUUUCUGGAUUCUUGGAUAUUGAAGACAUUGAUGAAGAAUACUACAUAAUUCGAAGCUCAUUGAAUCUACCGGCUGGAAAUGUUGUGCUCAACGAUCAUUUGUAUUUCCCUGAUUUGAUGCACAUUCGAAACUCCUUGCAAAUGACAACACCUUUCAAUGCAUUCAAAGAAGUUGAGUUCCUCUACUUACACAGUGCGAAAUUCGGUCAUUUUUAUGUAUCAGCGCUAGAAUUAUUCUACAAGAACAUCAACAGUACAAACUGGGUUGAAUUGGGUUUCAAUUCAAAUUACACGAAAGUGCUUGAUGUUGAUAUAAAAACUCAUGACAUUCAAUUGAAUAUGUUCCUCCCGUUUGAAAUAUUGCCACGUGUUGGUGUAGCCGUUGGUAUUGAAUCCGGUGAGUCAACUUACAAGGCAAACGUUUCGGGUCGUGCAAUGGACACAUACAUAUCAUUGGCGGGUGACUUGGAGAGCGAUACAAAUUUCAUCGACCUAAAAGCUGGAUUGGCCUUAGCCUCUCUGGCUAUACCACAUUAUGAGCUCAAAGUGAUUUUCAAGCAAGAUCUUUCUGAUUCAGAAAAUACAUUGAUCUUUGGUUUCGAUGAAGAUUAUUAUGAUCGAACUUUUUGUCGCAUCGAAAAUACUUGGAACACCGAACCAAAUUUCAUAAAACUCAAUACCAAAGCAUCCACAAAUUCAUUUCCAAUUACAUUUUUCGAAUCAUCAAUGGUAUUGAAUCGUUCAACAAACUUUAUGGUGUUAUUAGACUUAAAUUUGAAUACACUGUCAAGACGAGGUAUUGCAUUCCACUUGAGUGCAAAAAAACGUGGCGAGCAUGCCACUUUUGAGUUACAAACUCCAAUGCCAAGCUUUGCAAAUAUUACAAUGUCAACGAUUUUACGUCAGAUUUCACAGAAAAAUCAAUAUUUGGUCACCGGUAGAUUGACACAGAACUAUGAAAUCUACAAUGUGAAUGGAACAGUUGAAUUCAAUGCCAACAUUCCGGUCAGUUUGGAUCUUCGAUUGCGGCCAGUUGCACGUGAUGCAAUCACAUUUGUUACGUAUUCUUUAAGCCAAAAGAGAAACGAACAUCAAAAGACGAUCAAUGUUCGAAUAUCUGAAUUUGAAAAAUUCUUCGAAGUGAACAGUGUCAUCUCAAUCUUUAGCAAAGUGAAUUGGAACAUCUUAACAACAAUUGAUGCAUCGCCCGGUUUCCUUUCGAAACGACUCGAUAUGAAUCGCUGUACAUUUAAAUCGUCUGUGAAACCAGAGAACGAUGGAAAAUUGGCGGGUGAGUUUUCUUUGGUCACUCCAUUGCGGUCGUUUGGAAUCGAUAACUUCAAUAUCAACGGCAGUGUUUCAACGAAACCACAUUCUGGUUUUGUUCAUCUUUUCUACGACUUUAGUUUGGGGCAUGGGCAUCUCAUUUCCAAAUGGACCUUCAUUUUGUUGGAGAAUAUGGAAGGAGUUUUUGAUUUUAAAUCGGAAAAUGAAGUCGGUGUAAGAACAUUGAAAGUUGGCAUAAAAUAUGGUAAUCCGGGUAAAACGAAUCAACGUCUCAGCUAUGCCGGUCACGUUGAUGUUGACUCAAAAAUGAAUUUGCAAACCGACGGUUCGGUGAUAUUGCUUAGCAAAACGGAUGUGAGUGGAAGCUUUUCGAUUCGUCUUCCGGCACCAGUUGAUGAUAUUUAUCGAUUCGGUGGCAGCUAUCGUGGUAAUAUUAUGGAAUCGCCCAUUCGGGAUGUUUUAGUUGAAACGAAAUACGAAUCGGAUAAAGAGAAAAAACGAUUUGUAUCACGUGCACAAUAUCGAAAUUUAAUGGAUUUACAAACACUAUUGCACGCUCAGUGGGGUACCAAUACAUUAAACAAAACAUUCGAAAGCAAUUUACAAAUGCUACGUAAAGGUAUACGACGCGAAGUAUCGGCAAGAGUGAAAACGCCGUACUACAAAGAAGAAACAGUUCGAGCAACUGGAUUCUAUGACAACGAUAAAGUUCAUCAAAUUUUAAAUGCAAAUAUAAACUUCCCGUCAAGUCGUGAAAUCGCCAGCACCCAUAUUGAAUUCGCGACCAUGUCAAAUGUAAGAGGGUUCGUUAAAUGUGUAACACCAUUCCCGAAUGUAACUUGGAUACGAACGGAAUUGAACUACACCACUCAAGGUGGAUCAUCACGUCGAUACAUCAAAACGGCAUGGCCAUCCGAUUUUGCCUACUUUGAUAUGCAAUCGACAUUCAGUUCGAAAAACUUGAAUCGUAAUCAUCAGGGUGAAAUCAAUAUGGAAGUUCCAUUGGCAUCGCGUCACACGGCCAAAAUCCAGUACGAUCUCGAAGAGUUAAAAACAUUGACAACUGGUCAUUGUAAUGUAAUUUACAACACCGAUAAAGUUUUGGAUGGAACAUAUACGUGCAACGCAGAGUCACGUGCUGGUUAUUCGAAAGAAAGCACAGAAAUUUCAUUGGAUAAUACAUUCUAUCCGGCUGGAAUAGCAUACGUACAUGAAAUGCAAUAUCAAAUUGCGGAUUCACCAUAUUUCGAUAUGAAACGUGUUGAAUUGUAUGAAUUAAAGGAUAGCAAUCGAUUUAAUAUCACCGGUGAAUUGCAUGUGCACACAAGCGAUACUGGUCAAGCAUAUAAAAUUGUCGCAAUUCAUCCAAAUCGAACGAUUAUCAUAACAUCUGAUUACGAUUCACAUGACACAACUCUGAAUCAAAAACUAAAAGUACUACUCUCGUCGGAUAUGUGGAUUGCAUACGAUUUUAUGUUGACAAAUUUAACAACAUCAACGAAAGAUUCACAAAAGUUUAGCGUUAGUUUGCAGUAUCCAAAACGAAAUCUCUCCACAAGCGGUUGGUAUUCAAUAACUGAUGAUGUCUUCGAUUCAGAUUUGGCAUUCAAAUGGACAAAGGCAAAAACAAAAUCUCUCGAUACUGGAUACGAUGAUUACAAUUACUAUAAAUCAUCCGAAGAAACGAACGAUAAUGAAGAAGUGACAGAGAACGAAGAGAAAGUAAUAAAUGCAGCAUUGACUUGGCGCAAUGAACCGUUACAAAUGUUUGACAAAUGUAAUCAGACCAUUUUGCUUGUCGUCAAACAUCCAUCAUUCCGUAAAGAUGUAACAUUCAAUGCAAAUUACUAUCGAAAUAACAUUGAUCUAAUUCAUGGCAAAUUAACGGUCGACUAUCAUGAAAAUCCCGAACAUUUGUUAACGCUUGAGGGUGGAGUUACGGACUCAACACAAAUGCAUAACCAUCGAAAUUAUUCGAUACAAGUGCUUGGUUUACAUGAACAAUCCAAAUUCGAUUUGUAUGCAUUGGGUUCGGUUACAGCCAAAUCUGGUGUUUAUGAAACGAACAAUUUUGGCCGAUACAAACGAGGCUAUUUACCAUUGCAAGAGGGCCUUUUGAAUGCUGGCAUUGACAUUCCACAAAAUGAUAUUCGUUAUCAUAAAGAAACACCGCACAAAACAUUUUACGUUUGGACAAGAGCAAACGGAGAAUUUCCCGUUUAUACAUUGAAUGGAGUAUAUUUGGAUAGUCCAGAUGUAAAUACAACCGCACAUUUCUUUAUUGACGUUGAUGAAAGAGUCGUUAAAUUAGAUGCUAACUUUACACCGGACGCAUCGCAAAAUUUAAGAAUGCUUGGAAUUAUUCCGGAUGCAAGAAGCGCAUCAUUUGAUUUGUGGCGUGAUUAUGAAGAUAUUCGUAUCGUUGAUGCUGCUUAUUAUUUGCGUAUGAACCAUUCUCGACUAAUUACCAGUCAAUUGAUUUGGCGACCUAAAUUGAGAGCCGAUCUCAAGGAUGGUUUCAGAAAACUUACAACACAAAUGUACGAUUCAUUCUCGGAAAAUGUGGAUUUUUGGAUCAAAACAUUGUAUUUAGAAGCAAAUGAAACGGUUGCCGAUAUUUGGUCAAACGCACGACCAUUUGCCGAUGAAUUCAUUGAUGACAUAAGCGGCUUGACUGUAAUCGGUGAAGACAUUGAAGAAUUCCGUAAUCUUUUGAAUCAAUCUUAUGAAGCAAACGAUUUUUACAUCAAAACAAUGGUCAACUUUACUCUCACGGUACUCGAUGAAUUGGCCAUUCGAAAUCAUAUUGGUUCUGUGCCGAAAAUUUUAAAGGAAAUUUGGCAUGUUCUUGGUGAUUCCGGCCUAGCUUUACGAAAGAGUAUAAUGUGGUUAAUUGAAACGAUAAAAACGACAUACAAAAACACGAUUGACACACUUAAUCGAAUAUUCCACGGUGAGGCAAUGAGCUAUGUUUCAUCAAUCGUUGAGAAGGCAAUAUACAAAUAUGAUCGUUUCAUAAAAGACUUGCACCUCUCGUUUAUCAAGUAUGUGCAAAAUAUCUGGAAUAGUUUCAGUGAUUUGCUAAUGACUUACUGGCGCGGAAUGUUAGAACGUAUUCAACCGAUGGCCAUGCGGUUCGUGCAUUAUUUUGAAAGUUUAUUGUGGGACAUAAGUCAGGAGAUUUUCGAAUUUUUGCACAAACACACCAACGAUUUGGUGAAAUCACCAUAUUUCGAUACAGUAACAAAGUUCAUGCGAGAUUUGGAUACAGUUUAUCGUGACAUUCAAACAAACGAUGCAAUUACAAAUAUCAAAAAAUAUUCAGCGCUUGCAUCGGUUUUCUUGCGAGAAAAAUAUUUUAAGGUGGUGCCAUUUGGAAAAGAAUUACAAAAACUGAUGAAUGAACUAAUUGAUGAAAUCAAAAAGUUGAGAGAACAAGAAUUGGUUCACUUUAUGAUCACCCGAAUCGACGAAUGGCAAGCGAAAGUUGCAUGGUUCGCCGAGGAAUUUCAAUUAGACAAAAGGUUGCAGCUAUUGUGGCAAAUUGUUUUAAAUAAAGUCACUUCAUACGAACAGACUGCAUUGCAAAUGGAUGAUAAAUAUCGUGAGGCCAAAACGAAUUUUAUAUUCGAUCCGAAUGCCGGUUUGAUGAAGCUUGAGCAAAAAUUACCAAUGAGUUGGCAUGCAUUCAACGAAACGCCGAUUUUUGAAGAAAUUUCCGAAUUGCAAAUGUUGACCAAAGUAUUCCGGCUAUUCAACGGUGUUAACAUUUCGUUGGUGUCAAUUGACGCUAUUGAAUACUAUAUCAAUCCGUACGUUUGGCUGCCACCAUUUAAAGCACGAUCACUUUUGAUUGGUUCGAGACACUAUUUGACAUUUGAUAAGCGCUUCAUUUCGCUCAAUCACAAAUAUGCGUAUAUUGAGAACAACCAGAAACCCGAUAAAUGUUCAUAUGUGCUUGCCAAUGAUUUCGUUGAUUUCAAUUUCACACUAACUCAAGAACCGUCGAUUCUACGAUACAAUAACAAACUCUUAUCCACACGAAAAUUGGCCAUUGUAAGCGAUGGCAAUGUUAUUGAUGUUGACUUAAUCGGAGCAAAUAUAAGAAUCAAUCGAAAUUCAACGACAGCACUGCCCCUUCAAAUUGGAGACACAAUCAUCUAUCGUGAUUGGGAUAUUUUGAUAAUUCGAUCGAAAAAUGGAUACGAACUUAAUUGUAAUCUUCAGUUUGAUUUCUGUUGGUUUGAAGUUAGCGGAUGGUACUAUGGCAAGACUGCAGGCAUCUUUGGUACACUCAACAAUGAAAUCUAUGACGAUUUCUUAACAUCCAAACACAUAAUCACCAACGAUACCACUGAAUUUACACAGAGCUGGGCAAUAAACCAUGGCGGACAAAUUGAAAAUUGCAAACAUGAAUUGAACGAUAAUGCCAAUCAUGUUAUUUCAAAUGAACUUUUGAAUCUUUGUGAUACAUAUUUCCUCAGCAAAGUGUCACCAUUUGCCAAUUGUUUCCCGACCAUCGACUCAAGACCAUUCUACGAUAUGUGCUUGGAUAUGGGAUCGAAUUCAAUUACAAAUUUCACGCAUAAUGAUCAUCCAGCGCAAAAGGGAGCCUGUGCUGUUGCAUUAGCAUAUAUGGAAAGUUGUAAUGGUGAAAACAUUCCACUUAGAGUUCCGGAAAUUUGUUUACAUUGUAAUUUAAUAAACGGAUCGUAUGUUGCUGAAGGAAACAUAUUUGAGUUGUCCGGAGCAGCAGUACCACAAACAACUGAUGUUGUUUUCAUUGUCGAAGCCAAAUCAUGUAAUCAAAACUUACCCGUCAAGAAAAGUUUGGCCACCGUUAUCUCAAGCUUGGAAAAAUCAUUCAAUGAUGUUGGCCUUUCUAAUGUUAGAUAUGCCGUCGUUGCAUUCGGUGGUGAAGGAGCAUUCGAACAUCCGCACAGCAUCGUGUAUAACAAUGACAUUUUCACCGAUAGCCAAAAGAUUCGGCAUCACUUUGACCAUAUUAAAACCGGCAAUAGCAAUUCCAGUGAUAUUUCUCGUGCCAUCAAAGUCGCUUCGGAGCUCGUUUUCCGACCUGGCGCAUCGAAGACAUUCAUUCUAAUGCCAUGUUCUAAUUGCAACGCUUCUGGCAUGCAUUUUGAUUAUUCAUCAGUUUUGCAAUUCCUCUUGGAGCACAAUAUCAAUUUGCACAUAUUAAUGAAUGGCAAUUUCGAAACAAAGAAGCCACGAAAUGAAAAUAAAAUCUUUGGCUUUGACAGUGGGCAUGCGUAUACGAAUAAUUAUCUUAAAGAAUCGAAUGGCAACAAAGAAUUACGGACCGAAAUUAUUUUGCCAAAAAAUACGCUCGGCUGUAUCGUUUGGGCAAUUGAAACGAAUGGCACCAUAUUUACAGCCAACAAACUAAAGCCAAAUAAUCGCAUAUCGUUGAUUAAAAAAUUCUCCGAUGUGUUUGCAAAGCGUGUUGCAAACACGGCUGUUCCAAGUCCAUGUCAAUCGUGCGAAUGUACAGGUGAAAAUACUGGAAUUGCCUUUAUAACAUGCACCCGAUGCGACUAUCCAAAUGUCGAUGAUGAUGGUAUUGAGUCAUUUUUGGAAGAAGAGGACCUAGCGUAUGAUACUGAGGGGUAUAGCGAUUGAUAUCAUCAAAAUCGCUUGUCAUAAUCUCUAUGUUAUAAAUUAAUGUCAUAAAAAUAUGAAAAAGGUCUGAUUUUAUUUUUAAUAAAAAGUGUUUAUUUUUACUUGAUUUCAUCAAAAGAAAAAGAAAAUUCAGUAUACAUUGAUUCGAAUUGUUGUUUUUCUUUUCAUAUUGCAUCCAAAAUGGUUAAAAAAAAUUUCAUCGAAUAAAGUUUAUUUAGUUCUAACCAAAACGUAAAAAUAAAAUACGAUAUUGCA